AUGGGCACAGGUGGUGGGACGCGAAUACCACUAUGGAUAUUAGUACUAGCACUUGCCUUCAUACAGAUCAAAGUUCAAGCCCAGGAUUAUGAACAACAAACAAAAUCAAACUAUGCUUCUCCACCCCUCCUGCAGCGACAAAAUUAUUUUCCACCAGCUUCGAAAUCCCAAGUGAAAAUCAUUCCACCUCUUCCAAACACACUGAAAGUAAAGGCUGGCAACCCCUCUCACAAUGGCCGUGUGUGCAGCACAUGGGGUAACUUCCACUACAAGACCUUUGACGGGGACAUCUUUUACUUCCCUGGGGUCUGCAAUUAUAUCUUUGCAUCCAACUGCAAAUCUCCCUAUGAGGACUUCAAUGUCCAGAUUAGGCGUACAGUGGUGGAAAAUUCUACUCUGAUCACUCACGUCAUCAUGAAGCUGGAAGGAGCAGUGAUUGAACUGACCCCUGGCUCGAUCCUGUUUGAUGGCAAAACGGUUCAGCUGCCCUUCAGCCAUAUGGGAGUCUUCAUAGAGAGAAGUAACAGCUAUUUGAAAGUUUCUGCCAAGUUAGGACUGACCUUCCUUUGGAAUGAAGAGGAUGCCCUCCUGGUGGAACUAGACAAAAAAUACGCCAAUCAAACUUGUGGACUUUGUGGGGACUUCAAUGGAAUUCCAGCUAGCAAUGAAUUUUUUUCAGAGAACACAAAACUGACUCCUAUACAGUUUGGGAAUAAGCAGAAGAUGGAUGGACCCACAGAGCAGUGUGCUGAUCCUAUUUCUCCUGAUGUUCCGACAAGCUGCUCAACUGAAUUUGCUUCUAUCUGUGAGACAGUAUUAACCAGUAAAGCAUUUACAAGCUGUAAUGCACUUGUGAACGUUCAGGACUACAUUGAAACUUGCAUACAAGACCUAUGCCACUGUGACAGCUCCAUGGCUGACUUCUGCAUGUGCAACACCUUUGCUGAAUACUCCCGGCAGUGCGCUCAUGCAGGUGGACAGCCUCUGAACUGGAGAACCUCAGAACUGUGCCCCAAAUUAUGUCCUUUCAACAUGCACUACCAGGAGUGUGGCUCCCCCUGCUCUGACACAUGCAGCAACCCAGAGCGGUCUGAACUCUGUGAAGAUCAUUGUACAGAUGGCUGCGUCUGUCCUCCAGGAAUGGUAUUUGAUGACAUUAAUGGUGCUGGCUGCAUUCCCCGUAAAAAAUGCCACUGUACCUACGAAGGUGAAACUUAUGCUCCUGGUGCCUCCUUCUCAUCUAAAUGCAGAUCAUGUACCUGUGUUGGAGGUGAAUGGUCUUGUAUCACCCAGUCAUGCCCUGGGACUUGCAGUAUUGAAGGAGGCUCCCACAUUUCAACAUUUGAUGAGAAAUACUAUUCCUUCUUUGGAGACUGUAGCUAUGUCCUAACCAAGCUCUGUGACAGCAAUGAAUUCACUGUUCUGGGAGAUAUCCAAAAGUGCGGCCUGACUGACACUGAGACAUGCCUCAAGGGUAUAGCUGUCAGCCUGAGUGGAGGACAAACUAACAUUGUGAUCCAGCCUUCUGGCAGUGUAUUUGUGAAUAUGAUCUACACACAGCUGCCAUUCUCUGCAGCGAAUGUCACCAUCUUCAGACCAUCAUCUUUCUUCAUCAUUCUGCAAACUACCUUUGGUCUUCAGCUACAGGUUCAGCUUGUGCCUCUCAUGCAAGUUUUUAUCGACUUAGACCCAUCACAUAAAGGGCAGACCUGUGGUCUCUGUGGAAACUUCAAUGACAUACAGACAGAUGAUUUCAAAACCACCAGUGGUGUAAUAGAGGGUACUUCAGCUGCCUUUGGCAACACUUGGAAAACUCGGGCUGAUUGUCCUGAUGCUAAAAAUACCUUUGAGAACCCCUGUACCGUCAGCAUACAAAAUGACCAGUAUGCGCAGCACUGGUGUGGACUGCUCUCUGAUACCAUGGGACCUUUUGCUGAAUGUCACUCAACAGUGAAUCCAGAAGUUUACGAGAAGAACUGCAUGUUUGACACGUGUAACUGCGAGAAGAGUGAGGACUGCAUGUGUGCUGCCCUUUCCAGCUACGUCAGGGCCUGUGCUGCUAAAGGAGUUCUUCUUACUGGAUGGAGGAGCAAAGCCUGCACAAAAUACACCACCUUGUGUCCAAAAUCUCUGAAGUACACUUACAACGUCGAAUCCUGUCAACCCACCUGCCGCUCUCUGAGUGAGCCUGAUGUCACCUGUAGCAUCAAGUUUGUCCCAGUUGAUGGCUGCACCUGCAUAAAUGGAACCUACAUGGAUGAAAGUGGCAAAUGUGUGCCCGCUUCUAGCUGUCCUUGUUACUACAAAGGAAUGCCUCUGUCUUCUGGAGAAGUUGUUCAUGAUAAUGGUGUUGUCUGCACUUGCACCUAUGGAAAGCUGAGCUGCAUUGGAGAGAAACCUGAACCAGUCUGCCUGCCUCCCAUGGUCUAUAUUGACUGUGGCAAUGCCACUACAGAUUUGGUAGGAGCAGGAUGCCAGAAGAGCUGUCAAACUCUAGAUAUGGAAUGCUACAGUACCCACUGUGUCUCCGGCUGUGUAUGUCCUCAUAACCAAGUGUUAGAUGGCAAAGGCGGCUGUAUAGCUCCAGAAGAAUGUCCAUGUAUUCACAAUGGGAAUUCCUACAGACCAGGAGAAUCAAUCAGAGUUGGCUGUAACAACUGCACAUGUAGAAACAGAAAAUGGCACUGCUCUGAUGAACCUUGCCUGGAAACCUGUUCUGUUUAUGGAGAUGGGCAUUACACCACCUUUGAUGGCAAACGCUUUGAUUUUGAAGGAGACUGUGAAUAUGUUCUGGUCCAGAACUACUGUGGUCAACAAAGUAUGAAUCAGGGAACCUUCAGAGUCAUCACUGAGAACAUUCCAUGUGGCACUACAGGAACCACCUGUUCUAAGUCUAUUAAAGUUUUUCUGGGGAACUAUGAGCUGGUACUCAGUGAUGGACACUCUGAUGUCAUCCAGAGGACACCUGGAGGAAAAAUGCCAUUCCAAAUCCGUUCCAUGGGCAUCUACCUGGUGGUUGACACUUCUGUUGGCCUGAUACUCAUGUGGGACAAGAAAACCAGUAUAUUCAUCAAACUUAGUCCCAGUUUUCAGGGACAUGUCUGUGGACUUUGUGGAAACUAUGAUGGCAAUGGAAAUAAUGACUUCACUACUCGCAGUCAGUCUGUGGUAGGAAAUGUGUUGGAGUUUGCCAAUAGCUGGAAAGUGUCUUCUAGUUGCCCAAAUGCCAAUCGUACCAAGGAUCCAUGCACAGCAAACCCAUACAGGAAAGCCUGGGCACAGAAGCAGUGCAGCAUCAUCACUAGUGGAGUGUUCGCGAAGUGUCAUUCUCAGGUUGAACCAAAUGAAUAUUAUCAAGCAUGUGUGGAUGAUGCUUGUGCCUGCGACACUGGAGGAGACUGUGAAUGUUUCUGUACAGCAGUAGCUGCUUAUGCUCAAGCGUGCAAUGAGCUGGACAUCUGCAUUGCAUGGAGAACCCCAUCCAUUUGUCCUCUGUUCUGCGAUUACUACAAUCCACAAGGGGAAUGUGAGUGGCACUACCAGCCAUGUGGAGCCCCUUGUAUGAAGACCUGCAAUAAUCCAAGUGGGAAAUGCCUUCAUGAGUUGAGAGGUUUGGAAGGCUGCUAUCCACAAUGUCCAAAGAAUAAGCCCUAUUUUGAUGAAGAAACCAUGACUUGUGUUUCUACUUGUGGUUGUUAUGAAAAUGGAAAAAAUUACAAACCAGGAAUGAAGAUGCCUUCAGAGCAGAAUUGUCAAUCAUGUGAAUGCACAAUUCAUGGCAAAAAAUGCAAAUAUGAUGAAUAUGAAUGUGUCUGCAUUUAUGAGGGACAUAAAUACAACUAUAAGGAUGUGAUCUACAAUACUACAGAUGGCACAGGAGGGUGUAUUGUUGCAACCUGUGGUCCCAAUGGAACAAUUGAAAGGGUUGUCUAUGAAUGUCCAAUCUCAACAUCACCCACAACAGCAACAACAUUUCACUUCAGCACUAUGACACCUGCCACUACUUCCACAGUGUCACCAACUACAUCAGUAUGCGUUCAUGAAGUCUGUGAGUGGUCAGAAUGGUAUGAUGGCAGUCUGCAAACCCCUGGCUAUGAUGGUGGAGAUUUUGAAACCUUUGAUGAUUUGAGAGCUAAAGGUUACGAAGUCUGUAAAGCUCCACGGGCUGUUCAGUGCAGAGCAGAGAAAUACCCCGAUAUACCUCUGACAGACCUUGGUCAAGUAGUAGAAUGCAGUACAACAAGUGGGCUUUUAUGUUACAACAGAGAUCAAAUUUCAGGAAUGUGCAACAACUAUGAAAUCAGAAUUUUAUGCUGUGUUUAUGUACCAUGCUCUUCCACAACACCGAAAACAACUGCAGCUAAGAGCACAGAAACUCCAACUGUAGAAACCACAUCAUUCUCAACCACAGUAACAUCACCAACUACUACAAUUUCUGAAAGUACAUUCACAACUUCAACUACUAAAGAAACAACAAGCACAACUGAAAUUACACCACCUGUCACACCUUCAACACCUCCUCUUUGCAUUAAAGAAGAAUGUCACUGGACAAGGUGGUAUGAUGUCAGUUAUCCAGGCUCUGGAUACAAUGAUGGAGAUUUUGAUACAAUCCAGAACAUUAAAAAUGAGGGAUAUAAAGUCUGUGAUAACAGAAAGGGUGUUGAAUGCAGAGCAGUAAGGUUCCCUAACGUACCGUAUCAAGAACUGGAGCAACAAAUAACAUGUGAUUUGAUAUAUGACAAAAUGGAUAGUGAUGGAUGUAGAUUUUAUGCCAUCUGUAGUUCAAAGUGUACAAUUGAGCGACACUCUGUACACUGUAACUUUACUACUCCUGUAACCACUACUUCCCCUGGAUCGUCUACUGUAACUACAGCAGUUCCUCUGCCUAGCAGUACUACCAGUGUUCCCUCUCCUGGUUGUGUUUCUCCUACUUACCCUCCUUUACAGCCUGGACAAAGUCACAGAUUAUCCAACUGUACAGAAGUCAUCUGUAAGGGAGACAACAAGGUAGAUGUAGUUCCAGUGCGCUGUCCACCUGUAAAGGAAAUUACCUGUGCAAACAAAUAUCCAGCUAUACUGGUACCUGAUGAAGAUGGCUGCUGUUACCACUAUGAGUGUCAAUGUGUGUGCAGUGGAUGGGGUGAUCCUCACUAUAUUACUUUCGAUGGAACCUACUACACUUUCCUUGAAAACUGCACUUAUGUCCUGGUGAAACAGAUUAUACCUAAAUAUGACAACUUCCGUGUUUACAUUGACAAUUACUACUGCGAUGCAAGAGAUGGACUUUCCUGUCCUAAAUCCAUUAUUAUUUUCUACAAAUCUGCAGAAGUUGUGCUGACCCGUGAACUCAUGAAUGGUGUGAUGACCAACGUGAUGUACUUCAAUCAAAAGAUUGUCAAACCAGGCUUCAAAAAAGAUGGCAUUUAUUUCUCCAGUCUUGGCAUCAACAUGAUUGUUGAAAUACCAGAGAUUGGUGCAACCAUCACCUUUAGCGGGCUGAUUUUCUCUGUGAAACUGCCAUUCAGCAAAUUUGGCAACAACACCGAAGGACAGUGUGGAACAUGUACAAACAAUCAAUCAGAUGAAUGUCGCUUACCAAGUGGUAAGAUCAUUUCUUCCUGUCCCCAAAUGGCUCAUCACUGGAUCGUUGGCAAUGACACAUCAUGCCAUGGAGUACCAGUACCACCAAGUGUAACCACACCUCCACCAAAGCCUCACUGUGAAACACCUGAACUCUGCAAGCUUAUCUGGAGCAAGGUUUUUGCAGAAUGCCAUGCUGUGAUACCACCAGAACCAUUUUUCAAAGGCUGUGUUUUUGAUGGAUGUCGCAUAGAUGAUGAAUCCAUGCAGUGCUCCAGUUUGGAGAUAUAUGCUACAGAGUGUGCUGCUAGAGGUGUUUGCAUUGACUGGAGAGGAAAGACCAACAACAUAUGUCCAUACAACUGUCCAGCAAACACAAUAUAUAAGCCAUGUGGGCCCAUUAAUCCUGCUGUCUGUUACAUGCCUUCCUCCCACUCUAGCUCUAUCGAGCUUCCUGGCUAUGGAGUAACUGAAGGAUGUUUCUGUCCUGAAGGAAAGACACUCCUCAGUGUAGGCAGCAACAUCUGUGUCCCUGAAUGCGUUUGUAGGGAACCAAAUGGAGUAUCCAGAUUGCCAGGAGAAAAGUGGACUAAAGAUUGCCAGGAAUGUUUCUGUGACAAAAAUACUCUUAAAGUGCACUGUAAAAAACACGAAUGUCCUGUGACACAGCAAGUAUUUUGUGAUGAACCAGGUUACAAGCCUGUUCAGCCUGGAGCUGUCGUUCCAUCAGGCCCCUGUGAAGAAUGCACCUGCUUUGAAUCCUCUUCUUCAAGCCCUCACCAUGCUACUGUCAAGUGCAAGCCUGUUAUCUGUGACACAUACUGCCCGGCGGUUGGAGAAUUCUGGAACGCACCUGGUGAUAAGUGUACAACUUACACAUGUGAAAAAUAUGAUGACCAGUUCAUUCAAGUCAUGUUGCAAAAAAGCUGUCCUGCAUUUAACGCUGAUGACUGUGAUCCAGAUGACAUCAAACUAUCUGAUGAUGGCUGCUGUAAAGAGUGCCGGAAACUUCCCAAGAGUAAGUAA